CCCACUCUACGAACUAUAAUCUUCCUCCUCCUUAGUAGUCGAUAAAGUUUUAUUAGGGAAAAUCAUUUACAGUAAAUAUUAGUACAAAAUCUGAGAGUCUUCCAGCUCCAGAACCCCUGCAAAACCAAGAUUGUUGCAGGAAAAACAAUAGUAUGUGGACGGAAGGGGUGAAAGCCCUAGACAACAUCAAAGAAUCGUCUGCACCACAAUGGCUGGCUCCUUCUCCCCACUUCUCCGCGGAUGCAAGAAACGCUUCCAAAUUCCUGUUUUCUCAAAUACUUCCCCACGCUCCAAAAUGCCCUCUCAGUGAUCUCUUAACAGACAAUUUCGACGCAGAGCAGAUAUGGCAACAGAUCGAUUUGCAGGCACAGCCCCUUCUUUCCUCUCUCAAAUCCCGCCUCAAAAACCUCCUCAAAACCUCUCAAAGCCUGCAACUUGUUAGCGGUUUAGACCACCCCAAAGAGCUCUCAGAAGAGGAGGGAAAAAAUGAUAUGAACAUGGAGGACGAAGACGAGGAGGAAGAGGGAGAUGAAGAGGGGGAGGAAGAGGGAGAGGAAGAUGGAGAGGAAGAGGAAGAGGAGCUCUCGCUGUCUGAGGAGGAAGAAGAGGACAAAGAGGAUGGCAAAACUGAAGGUGUUGAGGAUAAGUUUCUUAAAAUUAAUGACUUGGAAAAGUUUUUGGAGGAGGCUGAACAACUGAGCUUAGACCCUCCUGAACAAAAAUCCGAGGACGAGGAUGACGAAGAUGAUGAUGAAGAAGAAGAGGAAGAAGAAGAAGAAGGCGAAGAUGAAAUGGAUGGAGAAGAGAUAGAUGAUGAUAUUCGGAAGCGUGGUCAGCAUGAUAAAAGUUCAAAACAAAUAUUGUACAAAGACUUCUUUGGUGGUAAAAAGAGAACGAAAUUAGCUUCUCAUGGUAAUUCUGAUGACACAGAGUCUAGUGAUGCUGAAGACAAUGGUGAUGAGCUGGAUGCAAAACAGCCAAAGGAGAAAUCUUCUACCCAUGAAAGACAUAUGAAAAAGAUUCAAAAGAAAAUAGAAGAAUUGGAGAAAGCAAAUCUAGAUACAAAGACCUGGACGAUGCAAGGAGAGGUUACAGCUACCAAAAGACCUAAGAACAGUGCACUUGAAGUAGAGUUAGAGUUUGAUCAUAAUAUGAGGCCUGCACCAGUUAUCACAGAAGAGGUCACUGCAUCCCUUGAAGACAUCAUCAAGCGCCGGAUUGCUGAGGAGCAAUUUGAUGAUGUGCAAAGGAAACCUGCUUUACCGUCAACUGCACCAAAGGAACGAGUGGAGUUGGAUGAAAAUAAAAGUGAAAAAGGACUUGCAGAACUAUAUGAGGCUGAGUAUAUGCAGAGGACAGGCUUAGCAGCUGCCCCAACAUCUUCAUCAGAUGCAUUGAAAAAUGAGGCAGCUCUUUUGUUUAAGAAGCUAUGUGUGAAGUUGGAUGCGCUUUCUCAUUUCCACUUUACUCCAAAACCGGUGAUCGAAGAUAUGUCUAUACAAGCAAAUGUUCCCGCACUUGCCAUGGAAGAGGUUGCUCCUUUGGCGGUAUCAGAAGCAUCUAUGCUUGCACCUGAGGAGUUGUUUGUUGGUGAAGGGGUUGUUAAAGAAGAAGCUGAGUUGACCCAAGAGGAUAGGAAACGUUUGCGAGCAAAGAAAAAGCGGAAGCUCAAAGCUGUGAAAGCAAACAAAGAAGUUGAAAAGAAAAUGAGGAUACGGUAUAAGGGUAAUGACGAAGAGAAAGGAUAUCAAAAAAGUAAACAAAAAGAUCAAAAAAGUGCUAAAACACACUAUGGGAAGUCAUCCAAGGUCUUUGCUGAACUUGAUUUGGUAAAGGACAAAGUUGGACCAAAGUCAUCACAGAAAAAAGCAGAUGUGCCACAUCCAUCCUUCUUGAAGUUAUAGAGAAACGAAUUUUGACUAUCGGCAUCUUUAGUAAACUGUCCUCGAUGAUAUGAAACGGAUUAAACUUUAGGAAAUUGCCAUUUAUUUGUGCAACCUGAGUGUAAUCUUAAUUGAAAUGCUUUUUGGGAGUCUGGUUUUGCUCCAUUUUGGCAGCCUCACUUGGAGUAUGAUAUUUCCACUAAUCACAUUCAAGAUACUAUGACACUGGUCUAUUGUAUUGCGAUUUUGUGGAGUCAACAAUUUUGACUUUGCAGAGUAAUGUCCCCGAUCAAUGUUUUAAUAUUUAAGAAGGAAAGUUCAUGACUUUGUUUUGUAAGUA